AUGACGGAUCUUAAGCCAGGAGAUCAAGCCCAAUGGAACUGGGGCCAAGGUCACCCAUCCGGCACAGUAACCGAAGUCGCCGACCACGGUUCCCUCUCAAUCCAAUCUUCCAACGGGAACACCAUCACCCGUAACGCCGAACCAUCCAACCCGGCCGUUCAUUUACAACAAGACUCCGGCACUGACGUCGUCAAGAAGGCUAGCGAGCUUGAAAUCAAGUCUUCAUCUGAUGACAAUAAAGAUGACGGUGAUGGUAAUGAUGGAAAACUACGAAAACCAUUCCUACCACCCAGACAAUCGGCACCGAUAUCCAGACCACCGGAUACCGCACAAGAACAAGAAGAAGCGAAUUUAUCCAUCGAAGAACAAGUAAAACUCGCCGAGGAGAGGGAUAAACAAGCUGAAAAAAGGGAUGGUGACGAUGUUGAUAUCGAUAACGGAAGUGGGAAUACUACUACUACUACUAUCCACGGACAUACUAACGGCGAUAAAACCGCCACGACACAGCCCCCCGAGCAGUUAAUGGAUCUUCGGGAGGAAGUACAGGAGAAACCGACAAAACCCGAAGCUUCGGUUGGUGAGAAACGUGGUAGGUCUGAAGAACUUACUACUGUUGCUUCGGAUGAACAAGAUCAUACUUCUGGGUCUUCUGAGAAGAACGGGGGGGAUAAGAAUGAUACUCAAGAAGAAGAAGUUCCGGAGCCAGAGUCGAAGAAACCAAGAGUUGAGGAAUCGAAUAAGGAAGUAACGGAUCCUACUGCUCCGGCGUCAACUGAACUGGAUCAAUCUAAACCUGUGGAGACGGCGGAAGCGCCGAAGAAGAAAGCAGGGCGACCAAAGAAAGAAGAGACGAAACCCCUCACGGGAGAAAGAAAGAAUAGUGUUUCUUCAAGGACUAGAUCUAAAGCUAAUGCUGAAGACGUUUCUAUCUAA